AUGUGUGAAUAUCAACGCACACGACUUAGAGACAGAGCAUUCGUAAUAUUGACUUACCUUGAUGUAAAGUAUCGAGAACCUGAGACUCAUGUGAAGGUUGAAAAACGAAUGAAGCAAAAAGUGAACUCUAUUACACAACGUUUAUCAAAGAAUAUCAAAGAACGCCUUACUAAUUCGCGACAUCUUUUCCCACAAAGAGAGAGCAUUUCUUACACAACAUCAUCCGCGUUUAUUAAUGAUUUGCUCGAUUUUUUUAAGCAACAUCUACGCCAUUGCUUUGAUGAAAAUGAAGCAAAGUCUAUUAUUGAAAAUGAAGGGAAUAGAUUUAAAAAAGAGCAGUUUAAACAACAAUGGAAAAAUGUCAAACCAUAUGUGAUCAAAAAGGUUUCCAUGAUACUUGAAAACAUGACUCGAAAUGCCUUGCAACUACUGAAUCGUCUGAAAGUUCAAUUAGAAAAAUAUUCGAUUGGUAUUGAUAUGGAGUUGCUUAAAGACGGAGAUGCAUUUGUCAACGAAGUUGUUUCUUUACUUGACCCUUCAAUAGAACAUAAUAGCAAUAACAAAUUGGCUUCGGAUAUUUAUAAUGCAAUUGUUGAGCAUGAACAACAAUUGCAAAACUCUAAAGAGGACUCAUUUAAUUUACUAAAUGCAAACUGUCAUGAAAGUCUUGAGAUGAUAUCUCGUCCAGAGAUUCAGCAAUUACUCCAGGAAUAUCAAUACAAGUCAAACCAAAAAGAUAUUACCUCCAUUACAAUAGGCUCUAAAUAUCCCACUCCAUUUAGAAACCCUGACAAAGGAUUAUUUUUCCCAAUUAUGGAAUCUGAAAACACUGAUGAGUUAAAAGACAAGAAAUAUUGUGCCUCAAAUGAUAGUUUGUUAAAGUAUUCAUUAUCAAAAUUUCGAAAAAGUUCUAUUGUGGUUGAAAGAGAAGUUGAGCAUCAAAGAGCACACAAUGAGAUUUUGAUCACUAAUACGGACCACCUUAAAUUAGGCAUCUCUUAUUCAACACACUUCCAAAGAAUUACAGAAUACAAAGAUACCGAUACUGCUCAGAAACCACCUUCGCGAGUCCAUGUUGUAUUUGUUAUCACAAGACCAAGAGGAAAAUAUUUUCAACCUAAUCUAUUAUUUGAUCAAAAAGAAUUAUUGUACAGCCAUAAGGUGCCACAUUUAUUCAUCAUUGCAACAGAAAGCUGUUAUUUGGAAAGAUAUCAAAGAAUUAUUGCUCAACAAGACAAAGAAUUCCUUGGAGAAUAUUAUUUUCUUAUCCUCAAUAGUAACCACAAAUUAGGAUAUGGUACUUUAGAAACAUGUGUGUUUGAAACGGCUAUACAUUUAAAGUUUGAAGUGAUCACUAUUACAUAUGACGACACUGAUCGUGGAUAUGAAUACUUUUUCGACAAGAAAAUAAUUAUGGAUCAUAAGUGGGCCUUAAUAAGAUACUUUUGUUUUGCAGAGAAAACGUUGUACUUGGAGGCGCUUGGUUCCAAAAACAAGUCUGGUGUUAAAUUAGAGUUGAAGAAGAUUAUGCAAGAAAUUACUAUUGACACAAUUUGUUUCGAAGACGUAAACAACAAGAAUCGUUUGGUUAAUUUAGAGGAACAAAUGGGUUUGUAG